AUGAAAGAUAUUAAGAAUGUUAGAGAAAAGGAACUAAUAGAAAGGGAAAAAGAAAGAGAAGAGGAGAAGGAACAUAGAGCAAAGAUGAUGGCAAUCAAAGAGAAGGAGUUACAAAUUCAAGCGGCAAUGAAAGAACAAGAAUUACAAACUCAGAGAUAUAUUAAAGAAAUGGAGAUAAAAGCAAAAGAAAGGAAAAUGGAUAUGCAAAUACUUAAUGCUGACACGUCUACAAUGAGUGAGAAACGACGAGCUCUUCAUGAGAUUGCAUACGCUCUUUCAAACGUCUAUCCGUAUUUCCAACAGAGGGUUGAUGCAACUGGAAGAAGAGGCUUGUCGUCACUUCAGAAAUGUACCGCUGCGAUACGGAUGUUAGCAUAUGGCGUAGCAGCUGAUGUUGUUGAUGAUUAUGUGCGCAUAGGCGAGAGCACUACAAUUGAAUGCUUGAAAAAAUUUGUUGAAGGUGUCAUUUCCGUGUUCCAAGAUGAAUACUUGCGAAAACCCAAUCCAAAUGACGUACAGCGCCUGCUACAAAUGGCGGAGGGUCAUGGCUUCCCUGGCAUGUUGGGUAGCAUUAACUGCAUGCAUUGGCAAUGA